CCAUUUAAUGCACAUUAUAUAUCGAUUCCAUCUUUACCUGUCCCAAUUUAUUUCGUAAGCCCCAAGACUUGACGAAAUUACGUAUUAAGAAAACAUAGCGAUCGUUUGAUCCAAAUGGGGAGAGACCUGUUCUGGUGCUUCUUCGUGGUCGCGGUGGCGUUGUUACCUAAACCAACCAUUGCGGGGCGUCUCGAGCUAAAGAAUGAAAUCACGGGGGUCCCUAGGGUCCGGAAAGCGAAGCUGGCUGUACGGUGCUGGUCAAACGAGGACGACCUUGGAUGGGAUAUGCUAAAGCCGAAGGAAUCACGGAUAUGGAAGUUCACGACAAUGAACAUGUGGCCGUUCCAGAAAACUGAGUUCAGGUGCCAGUUUCGUAGUGGGUUUGGAACCACGAACGAUGACGUGAUGACAGUGUUCUCUGUCAAGGAUGGGUUUCGGAAAGAGUGCGGUGUAGGAGGGAAUGAGUGUUUUUGGGUUGCUAAGAAAGAUGGAUUCUAUCUAAGAAGGAUCGUAAAGGAUGACGAUGGUCGCAAGAAAUUUGUUGACGUCCUCAAAAGCAAAUGGGUUUGGAAAUGGUGA